UGACACGAGAUAGUUAAGCAAACGGCAGCCCGCUUUUCUUCAAUCGCUACGGCCGUGGCCAGUUAGUAGUACAUCCGACUUCAACUAACUCAGACGCGAAUAGUCCAGCAGGAGCAGCAAUAUCGUGUGCCGCGCCGGACUAGCACGACCAGUGAAAACCCGAGGGCCGAAGAAAAAUAAUAAGGAGACCAUUUUCGGAUCUUUUGAGCUUUUCCCCGUACUUUUUGAUUCGAUUAUCAACUUCCGUCGUGAACCCCCAUAUCAGUGUUUGUGUUUUGCUUUCCUAAGCGAAAACCUUAUUGUGACUAACUGUGAACGGAACCCAGUGAUAUCUUGCAUAAUUUAUGCCUUGAGGAAGAUGAUCACUAGUUGAAUAAUCAAUGCAACCUUCAAGUGAUUUAGUGAAUAAUCAAAGCCAAAGAAUAGCCUAGAACAAAAGUCCCCUGAAGGAGGAACUCCAAAGUCAACCAACGUGUGAUCGAGGACAUGUGGUGAAUAAUCCCUACGGAAUCAGUUCAACAAAUCAUCGCUGAAAAAAGCCACCAAGUCAGAGAUAGUUCCUGGCGUACAAUACCUCGCUGUGUUAAGGAUUACUAAAGGUCUCGAAAGUAACCACAACCCGCACUGUUAAGUCAACUGCCUCUUCAUCCAGCAACGCUCCAAAACCGAGUGUCGAGAAUCUAGAGCAGAUCUGGGACGAAACCGUAUUAAAACAAUUGUUGGAUUCAUCCACAAGCUACGAGGACCGCCGCAAAAUCAGAGCCCGUCUACGACAGAUUAUGGCCGAAAAAGAAGCCUGUGCCGACAUCGUGGCCAGCGUAACGGCCGACCUUCAACGCGAGCGGCAACAACUCCAGCAGCAAAAGAGCAACGACUCCAGCGCAAGCGGCAUCCACGGUGAGUCGCUCUUGUUGCCCCUACUGCAGGGCAUUCUGUUGCACAACAAAAGCGGUGCUGGGAGCCAGAUCGGCACUGCCGGCGGCGGCUCCGCGGCCGUCACGCUGCCGAUUCCACCGGUCGAAGACUCCGGCACAGAGUCCGGCGAAGACCUCCGGCUCCUGGCAGCCGGUUUGCAUGACAACAUCGAAAUGUAUCGCGGUAUUGGUGUCGGAAACGCCGCUAAGAACGGCGACGGUGAUGGUAGUAGUGUUAGUAACGGUAGAUUGCCGGUUGACUCCGGGGAUAGUAUCUUGCAUGAGGUUACGGCUGCACUUCAACGUUUACAACUGUCACUAAGGGAUGGGAAAAAUAUCAACUUGGAAUCGAACAAACGCAAUGCUCUCCUUACUCUUGUCAGUCGGCUUCAAACCGGUCUCAUGCAACCCGACAAACUCCCCGAUCAGGUUUCUCCCGUGAACGAACUUGCUGACGACAAUGGUGACGACAAGGUAGACUACAAUCAGGCUCGACGAGGCAGUGCACGAUUUGCGAAAAGACGAAACCGCAAUAAUCGUCAUACGGUUGGAGUGAGUCGUGAAGAACUUGCAGAUGCUCGUCGGUUCAUCGAAGAAAUAGGUCGCAUGGAUAGUUUGUCCGCUCACUCACAUUCGGCGACUCCGGAAAAGUCAAAAACUCCUGAAAAACCCCUUGUUCCAUAUGCUUUACAUAAACAGCCUUCACUGGGUACAGUUCUUCCGUCUGAUCCACCUGUGCCGGCAGCAUCAACCUUCGCCAUGAUGCGCCCCAGUCAGUUCGUUCCCAAGGAAUUGAACCAGAAAUCUGACGCAAUGCCCCUGGUUAAUGGCCGCGAUCGUAAGGCAAGACAAAAACUCUUCCGUCAGUCGCAAAGCUUUGAUCAAUCCGCGAUCAAUGGUUACGAACCGGCGGCUGUUCAACACAAACCCAUUGAUGUUAAACCUGCACCCAAGAAUGAGCCCUUCAGAAAACCCGUACAGACAGCUGCUCAGCGUGCAUUGGUCAAAAAAUACUCCUUUAACGAUGGAUCUACUUCGGAAGAUGAUGAACCUCGUAAAACAGCUGAGCAAGUUGUUUUACAGAAAAACACAGCCAAGGGAACAACCGUCGUUAAUACGGUUCAAAAAAUCGUGAAUCGAGAAGUAAAACAAGAUAACCCUGUAAAAUCCGUCCAUCCAUCUGUUGCUCGUAAGACUGCUAUCCAAAGAAGUCACACUCCAGAGUCCCACGAAAUUCCUUUAUCCCCUGGCGAUAGACCGAUGAAUAAAUAUACGAGCAAAAAGCUCCGUAUGAAGCGAGCCAACACGAUCGACAUCCCGAAGAAACCCCUCUCUAAUGGUGCUGAUUCUGACGAUGAAUCUGAAGAAGAGCAUCAUACCAAAACGAAGGAAUUCCCUUCCAAUAUCAAAACGAAAACUUCCGGAUCCAUGGGUUCGAAGCCGGCUCCUGUUGAAGUGCCGGACUUUAAACCCAAAACUGAUAACGAUCUCAAAUUCAUGGCUUUCCUGCAGAAACAAAACCAAGCUACCAAGCAAAUGUGGACCAAUCCGGUUAAAGAGCACGUGGGAACAAACAACUGGACCAGCAAAUUCGAUCACCUGAAGAACAAUUUCGAAUCCGCCGGUAGACAGGGCAAGCAAUCUGCGCCACUGCGUAACGCUCCCAAGAAUUCAGCGAUGAAUUUCUGGAAGAAAGCUGAGAGCAACUCUUUCGACGAGUCCCAUGCAUCCAAAUAUGCGAAACCUCCAAAGCCGGUCCACAUGAACCAUGUAGCACCUAAACCUCCCACCCAGCCCAGGCUUCCACCAAAGCCAACGAACAGCUCAGUUCAACAGCCUCCUAUUCUACCAGUAAAGUCCAAAACAGCUCCGCAACCGCUAUCAAAGCCGGUUGUUGUGAGCAAACCUGAACCCAAACAUCUGCCUUCCUUGUCCAACCAGUUUACCCAUGCCCCAACUUCUGCAUUUAAGCCCAUCCCCAAAAAACUUCCCCCGGCCAAUCUGGAUUUCAAACCCAUCCAUCAGGAACCGGAGAUCAUCAAACCCAUUCCCGCUAACGUUACCAGUGGACUCGUGAAACAGCUCGUAGCAACCGGUUUCAAGGAAACCGAAGAAGUAAAACCCGAACCCAAACAGGUGCAACUCGGGCUGGUCAAGUCGCUCGCGGCGGCUGGCUAUCACGAAACUCCAUAUGUCCCUCUUCCAAAGAUCGAACGAACUCCGACACAUAACGUGCUCAACUAUCAAGCUCAAAACCCCGAUCGCGCGGAAUCUCCAACCCCUCCGGCGCCAUGGAUUGGUAAGAAACCUACCGAGGCUAACGGUCGCGUUGCCAGUAUCGCUUCGACAAAGUUCACGGCAAACCAGUUCGGGAUGAAUAAAGGAUCCCUGCCGACGCAGAGUUCACUCACCUAUCAGGGUUCACUGAAGUACAAUGAGAAACCGCUUAGCUUCCAAGCGUCUGAUCGUGUGCUGGAGAAACGACCUUCACUACCGGAUGUGUACAAGGCUUCGCAGCCAGCUGCGAUGGAUAAUUUCCAGUACACUUUCACCGAUUACACUCAACCCGAGUUGGUUUCAACGUUUACGCUGAACCGUAGCGAUUCGUUGACCAAUCCCGAAAACCAACCGCUAGUGUUGACCAAUACCAACUCAGUGUACAGCCCAGCGGGACAACAGAUGAGCUAUCUAGGAGUAAGUGAUCGUCGGAACUCGUCGUCAUUGUCGCCUUCGAAUAUAGUCGUUCCGAUUGACGAUGACGUGGAUGACCUGGAAUCUCUGGACUCACAGGAAAUGCGAGUAGUGGCUAAAGUUAUGCGAGCGCCAGUAAGCCAACAAGCUAGCUAUUCUAGCAAUAAGACUUCGCAUUUAAAUGGUGGGGGUGGUGGAGAUGAUCGCGGUUCGUUGAUUGCGCAGAACCUUCAGAGUUCGUUGAAAAAGAUCCAGCAAAAGAGCCCUACACCACCGAACAAGCUUGCAAUAGCGGCUGCAGCAGCGGCCCAAAAGCGGUUCUCGCAAGACUCCGGCAGCUCAUACGAAGGGUUUUCACCAUAUGGACAACGAUCAGCACCACAAUUUGCCGUCCCGAAGGUAGAGGUGACGCCUCAAACUCCGCUACUGUUACUGCGCAAAUGCAACCUCCUAAGUACGGAGUGCCUGCGCAUGUGAUAUACAACAAUGUGCAGGGUGUCCCUCAGAGUCGUCCUGCUUAUCAACCAACUCCACUGGCUCGAACAGACUCUUGGGUGCGAUUGAACCAGCAAGCGACAGCUCCUCAUGCGCUGACACGUGCCAAGUCCA